UAAAACGAGAGAAACGAACAGAGAAUACUGGACUAUUUUCUACAACUAAAAGAUGACCAAAUAUCGUCCAGUAUCGCAACGAGUCUCCAGUGAUAAUCAUCAUUUCUACUACUUGUACGAGGUGUCACCAUGAAUGCCAGAACUCAAUUGUUUGAAUUAAGUAUGGAAGGCAGACAAGUGGACGAAGCUGUAGCAAGUAUCUUUCACAGUGUUCUUUUUCAUCGAAGUCUUGGUAAAUUUAAGUACAAACAAGAAGGCAGCUAUUCAGUAGGUACCGUGGGAUACCAAGACGUCGACUGUGACUUUAUUGAUUUUACUUAUGUCUGUUGUUCCUCCAUACAUCUGGAUCAAACUCUGAAACGUGAAAUAUCGGGUUUUUCCGAAGCUUUACGUUCCACCGAUAGUCCAGGUUCUGGCCAAAUAUCCUUGGAAUUCUUUCAGAAGAAGAAAAAUCGUUGGCCCUUUCAACCGGAAUGCAUACCAUGGGAGGUAUGGACUGUACGUUUGGAACUUAUAAAAUUAGCGACAGAGCACGAACGACAGAUAUGCAGGGAAAAGGUUGGCGAUCUAUUAACAGAUAAAAUUCUGUACAUAACAGAAGUAAUGAAUCGACACGAUUAUCUUCCUAAAAUGCCGAACCAAGCUGAAUUGGAUCUGAUCUUUGAUACAUCGUAUCCGGAUAUACAACCUUAUUUGUUUAAAUUAUCCUUUACAACGUCUAGUCCGUCGAGUACAACAAUGGGUAACACGAUGAAGAAAUUGAUCAAAGAGACAUUAUCUAUUUAG